UGUGUUAAAAGUUUCGCGGUGCGGACCCGUGUGAGGCACCGACCGCUGAGUCAGUGCGUCUGCGGCGGCGGCAAAGGGUGCGAAUGGUCGUGUCGGAGCUGCCACAUAGCUCAACAUGAACUUUAACCGUCGAGAUCAUUUCAAAAGUGAACAGAACGGUAUUUUUUCUUCUGAGAGCUGGCUACAGGAUUCAGAGUUUCUCCUGCAGUGCAGUCAUAUUCACUACCUUUUCCUGAAACAGGACAUGGAGCUUUGUUUCUUUCUUCACGUUAGGUGCUAACAAAGUUAUUUGUUUCAUCAGAGGAAAUGCAGAUCCAUGAAAUUACAUUUUGUGCAAAUGAUCAAAGAACUUGGUACAGGAGGGAAUUCUCUUGUGAAGUGCUGAAAUAACAAGUGCACCUGAUAAAAACCCAGAGGUUGUCGUUAACUCUGUUGGCAAUGUCUAUGAUCUUGUCUGCCUCUGUGGUCCGUGUGAGGGAUGGGCUCCCACUGUCUGCAUCCACUGAUUAUGAGCAGAGCACGGGAAUGCAAGAAUGUAGAAAAUAUUUUAAAAUGCUCGCAAAGAAACUUUCUCAGCUUCCUGAUAGGUGUACUCUGAAAACUGGACAGUAUAACAUAAACUUUAUAAGUUCCCUGGGAGUAAGCUAUAUGAUGUUGUGCACUGAAAAUUAUCCCAGUGUCCUGGCUUUCUGCUUCCUGGAUGAGCUUCAGAAAGAGUUCAUCACUACCUACAAUAUGAUGAAGACAAAUACUGCAAUCAGACCAUACUGUUUUAUAGAGUUUGAUAAUUUCAUUCAGAGGACCAAACAGAGAUACAACAACACACGUUCUUUGUCAACAAAGAUGAAUCUUGCUGACAUGCAGACAGAGAUCAAACUGAGACCACCCUACCAAAUUUCUGUGUCAGAACUUGGCUCAGCGAAUGGCUUUGCACAUAUAUCUGUGGGGGAGUAUAAGGGUACUGGUAAGAUAUCUGCAGCUCCUCAUCAGCGCCUGGAACCUGUGACUCUGCCAGGGAUUGUCUCAUUCGUGCUUAGUCUGUUAUGUGGAGCUUUGAAUUUAAUUCGUGGCUUUCAUGCCAUUGAAAGCCUUCUCCAGAAUGAAGGUGAAGAUUUCAGCUAUGUUAUUGCAUUUUUUCUUGGAACGGCAGCCUGUUUGUACCAGUGUUACCUGUUUGUAUACUACACGGGCUGGAGGAAUGCCAAAUCCUUCCUGACCUUUGGGCUGAUUUGCCUGUGUAACAUGUAUCUGUACGAACUGCGCAACCUGUGGCAGCUCUUCUUUCAUGUGACUGUGGGAGCAUUUUCUACCUUACAAAUCCGACUGCGACAACCACAGGGAAAGUCCCCUGAUUACAAUGUCUGACAAGUCCUGGAACAUUUAGAGGAAGUCUUGUUCCAGUAGUUUUUCACUCUCAGGAAUGUAAAACUGUUCUCCAAAAGAAGAAACUGUUUGGAUGGUUUUUUUGUUUGUUUUUUUUUUUUUUUAAAUAAAUCAGUGUAAGAUGCCUGUGGACAUUUUUCACUUGAUGGUUGAACUUUUUUUUAAUUAUUUUUUUAUUUUCUUGAAAAGGGCACAAAAGAGUAUGGGACUAGAGGAGGAAAGUGGAGCAUAUCGUGGAGUGAAAUGUAUGUAGGGACACCAAUUUUGAGGAAUUUGACUGGUGGCAUAAAAAAACUUCAUUUAAAAGAGUGUUAAUGGAGGAAUGUGUAGAGUAUGUGUUCUGCAUAUCAUGCAAGCUUUUCACUUCCAAAAUCAGUUUUGCCUUUGUGAGGCAGUAGGGAAUAGGCUAAAUAAGUAAUAAUAAUAAUGCUAUUGCAUAUUAGCAAACUAGAUGUGGAAUAUGUAAGAUACCAGAUUUUGGAAUGUUUUGUUUCAUGUUGACAUAUAUAUGAAUGUUUUCUUAAUUAAAAUGUAACCUGGAAACUCAGUUUCUGGGGAUCAGCUUCACCCAUGACUCUCUGUCUAGUGCUGUAAGUUCUUUAAUGUUUUUUCAUUUAUCAUUUUCUUUUAAUUAUCAUUUGAAAGUGAUCUAUGUAGACAGAGUUCCUUUUUAGUAAUUAUUCAAAAAGUUCUGCCACUUAACCCAGGAUUUUUGUGCACUUGUGUUUGGACUCUGGAAGGGUUGAAAGAAAACUGAUUGGUGAGUAAAUUGAGUGACUUGUACUUGCUGGACUAUUGUUCUUUUUAUAUGUUUUUCAUUACUUUCAGAUAUGGAUAAAUAAUUAGCUCAAACCUGAGAUAAAAACUGGUGACAGGAAAAUAAUAAAUCAGUCUGUUUAGCUUAAACAAGAAAA